AGAACGAGAACGAGAACGAGAACGAGAUAGAUCGAGCUCGAGCUCAACAGGUGAGAGGCCGAGCGGCGAUAUCCACCAUCCGCAAAACCCUAAAACCUCACUCAACUGUUACCACCAUCACCGCCUUGGCGACGAGGAGCUCUUCACUCAGAGGUCGCAUCGGCAGCACUUCCUCGUCCUGCCUACCGCCGCCCAUUUCCCAUUUCCCAUUUGAGAAGGGAAUCGAAAGGGGAUCCUGCUUCGACGAAUUUGAGUCUUCCAGCCGCAACUGCAGAACAAUGGUGGUGGCAUCAGCAGUUGCCGGUUUACAAGUGGUAGGAGCAAACCAUUGCGCCUUCACUUCUAGGAGGGUGUUCAUGUCUAUGACAACAAUCUCCCAGUUCAACUUGAAAGUAGCCAGUCCAGGGUUCACAAGCUCGUCAAAUGCCUUCUUUCUCAAAUCUCUUUCAAAGAGACAUCCACCUUCUGUAAAACAUUCCAGAGUCAUUACCAGGGCAAUGUCUGGGGAAACUGAGAAAACAUUGGCAUACGGCUUACCCAUUGAUCUAAGAGGUAAGAGAGCUUUUAUUGCGGGUGUGGCUGAUGACAAUGGCUAUGGUUGGGCAAUUGCAAAGGCUCUUGCUGCUGCUGGGGCAGAAAUUCUUGUGGGCACAUGGGUUCCUGCUCUAAACAUUUUUGAGACUAGCUUAAGGCGUGGCAAGUUUGAUGAGUCUCGCAGAUUGCCAAAUGGUUCUCUUAUGGAAAUUGCCAAAGUAUAUCCUCUUGAUGCAGUUUAUGAUACUCUUGAGGAUGUGCCAGAAGAUGUCAAAGCAAAUAAACGUUAUGCUGGGGCCUCAAACUGGACUGUCAAGGAAGUAGCUGAAUCUGUGAAGAAUGAUUAUGAAAGCAUUGAUAUCCUUGUGCAUUCACUUGCUAAUGGACCGGAGGUAACAAAACCACUUUUGGAGACAUCUAGAAGAGGAUACCUUUCUGCAAUCUCGGCUUCGAGUUACUCUUUUGUUUCAUUGCUCCAACACUUCCUUCCAAUAAUGAACCAAGGGGGUGCUACAUUGUCAUUAACAUAUAUUGCCUCCGAAAGAACCAUUCCAGGAUAUGGAGGUGGAAUGAGUUCAGCAAAAGCAGCCUUGGAGAGUGAUACUAGGGUAUUGGCUUUUGAAGCAGGACGAAAAGGCAAAAUUCGAGUAAAUACAAUAUCAGCAGGGCCAUUGGGAAGUCGAGCAGCAAAAGCUAUUGGAUUCAUAGAAAAGAUGAUAGAUUAUUCCUACGCUAACGCCCCAUUGCAGAAAGAACUGCGUGCAGAGGAAGUUGGCAACACGGCAGCGUUCUUGGUGUCACCUCUGGCUUCAGCAGUGACUGGUUCUGUAGUUUAUGUGGACAACGGUUUGAAUACCAUGGGGCUUGCCCUUGACAGCCCAAGAUUCACAACAUAAGAUAUCGAACCAGGGACAAUAGACAUUUUCCACUUGAGGUUGGAAGGUAGGUUAGAAUGGAGGUUUCAAACCCAACUGAGCCAGAGGUUGAGACUUGAGAUCGACCUGACUAGUUUUAGGUAAAGUAGGAUGUCUUGUUUGAGAAAAAAGAUGAAGCUAGUUUUGUUGAAAACAGCCAAGCAAAAAACUAUUGUAUAUUCAUUCUAAUAUAUUGUUCUAGUAUAUAGUUUGAUUCGAUCAGAAUGUCUCU